AUGGGGAACCACACCACUAUCACCGAGUUUAUCCUGCUGGGGCUCUCAGAUGCCUGUGAGCUACAGAUGCUCAUCUUCCUGGGGCUCCUCCUGACCUACCUCCUCACACUGCUGGGGAACCUCCUCAUUGUGGCCAUCACCCUUGUGGACAGGCGCCUCCACACCCCCAUGUACUACUUCCUCCGUAACUUUGCUGUCCUGGAGAUCUGGUUCACCUCAGCCAUCUUUCCCAAGAUGCUGAACAACAUCCUCACAGGACAUAAGACCAUCUCCUUAGCUGGAUGCUUCCUUCAAAGUUUUCUCUAUUUCUUCCUUGGCACCACAGAAUUCUUCCUAUUGGCAGUGAUGUCCUUUGACAGGUAUGUGGCCAUCUGUAACCCUUUGCGUUAUGUCACCAUCAUGAGCAAAAGGCUGUGUGUCCAGCUAGUGCUCUGCUCAUGGAUGACAGGUUGCCUUCUCAUCUGUGUUCCCAGCUACCUCAUACUUCAGCAGCCCUUCUGUGGACCUAAUGUCAUCAACCAUUUCUUCUGUGACAACUUUCCACUCCUGGAACUCAUAUGUUCAGAUACAGGUCUGAUAGAGCUUUUGGGGUUUGUGAUAGCCAACUGCAGCCUCCUGGGCACUCUGGCCAUGACGGCCACCUGCUAUGGCCACAUCCUCCACACCAUCCUGCAUAUCCCCUCAGCCAAGGAGAGGCACAGAGCCUUCUCAACCUGCUCCUCCCACAUCAUUGUGGUGUCCCUCUUCUAUGGCAGCUGCAUCUUCAUGUACAUCCGGUCAGGCAAGGGUGGGCAGGGGGAGCACCAGAACAAGGUGGUGGCAUUGCUCAACACUGUGGUGACCCCGACACUCAACCCCUUCAUCUACACCCUGAGGAACAAACAAGUGAAGCAGGUAUUCAGGGAGCAGGUGAGCAAGCUCCUCUCACAAAGUUGA